AUGCGUCGCUUGAACCAAAUCUUCGCGAACUUCUCGGAGGAGUUUCUUAUCAAUUCCACCGAUUUAGACCCUGGUGGCUACUACUGCGACCCUUUCCAUUCCUAUCUCAAACUUCUCCAUACUUACUACAUUCCCAUCAUAAUCGCUGUCGGCUUCGUCGGCAACUUCCUCUCUUGCGUGGUCUUCUUGAGCACUCACUUAAAAAUGCGUAGUUCUAGCUAUUAUUUGGCCGCUUUGGCCAUCGCCGAUUUUGGCUUCUUGUGCGUAGUUUUAGUGGUGCAUUGCAGCUUUAAUAACGUUUUUGAAAUAUACAAUUCGGACGGAUGGUGUCAAUUUUUCGUUUACUUGAGCUCUGUAUGUGCUUCUUUAAGUGUUUGGCUUAUCGUAGCCUUCACCGUCGAGAGGUUCAUUGCCGUACAAUAUCCUUUGCAAAGGCCACAUAUUUGUACUGUUUCGAGGGCCAAAACUGUCGUUAUCAGUUUGACGGCUGUUGCUAUGUUAUCUCAACUAUAUCUCUUUUGGAUAGCUGGUGUUAUCAAUAAUCACGACGGAAAGCAUCCCGAAUGUGAAAUGAAGCCGGCAUACUUUGAAUUCAUGAAAGUGAUCAAUUUUGUCGAUACUAUGGCGACUCUAAUUGUUCCUUUUGUACUGAUAGUCACUAUGAAUACGAUGAUUGCGAGAAAUCUUUUCCUGUUCCGGAGAAGACUCCAGGCUAGUUCCAUUGACGAGUAUCUAGACACUGAUACUGAUAAAACCGAACUUCAGCACUCAAACGUUCAGAGUGGCUGUUCCAAUAGACGUCAAGGCUCCCAGCAAUCUCACGUUUCCCAAAAAUCGAAUCCUUCAAGAUCAAGUAAAAAAUACAACAACAACCAACUAGAAAGAUGUCCGUGCAUACAUAUAAAAAUGUCAGCGAGAAACAUUGCUUCAACGCGAAGCCAACAAAACAUUACAAAAAUGCUUCUCCUAAUAUCGUCCGUCUUCAUUGCACUGAAUUUUCCAAGUUAUGUGACUCGUCUCUCUGUGUAUUUUGUCUUCACCCUUCAGCAAAAAAACCCUCCUGAAACCUUAUACUGUAUUCAGCAGUUCGCCAUGUUGCUUUAUUAUACCAACUUUAGCAUAAACUUUUUACUUUACGCAAUGUGCGGCGUGACAUUUCGUCGUUGUCUCUGGCAACUCCUUCGGAAUAAUUUAAAACGGUUAGCUAGCACUCCUUUCCAUAACAAGUGAUCAUGCUGAGCGAGAAACAGAGGGUCCACUGACAUUUUUUAUUUAUUUAUUUGAACUUGUUGUUUAAUGUCCUCGAUGUUGAA